GCUUGGCGUUAUCGGCGCCGCUGCCUCCUCGCGCCGCCAGGCUGCCCACAACGUGCCGACGCGCCGGGGGCAACACCAGCUGCCCGCGCGCCGCCGACGCAGAGCACCAUGGCCGACGCUCCCGCGUUCCCCGUGCACUCCCUGCAGGUGGAGGCGCUCCAAAGGGAGCAAAACCGCAUCGACGCGCGGCGGGCGCGGAACGCCGAGCGCGCCAAGCGCUUUAACUCGGGCAAGCGGCGCAAUGUCUCCGUGGAGACGCUGGCGCGCCAGAUCGCGCACAACGAUUCGCGAAGAGACGAGGAGCGGGAACUGGACAAGCGCUACGCCGUCAUGGCCGAGCGCGUCUCACUCAUUGUGGAAGAGAGAAGGCAGGCGGACCUUGAACAGAGGCAGUCCGAGCUGCAAGCGCUCAAGCAGGACUGGGACCGGCGAAGCACCUUACCGAAGAACGACCUGCCCAAGUUAGCGUCCGCAAGCGAAUUGGAACCGGGCAAGGCCGCCGCACAAACCUUUGUUGGGGAGGAUCCAAGCGCGCCUCGGAGAAAGUUAAGGCAGCACGCCCAGAUGCGGACCUGGAGUCUGGAACAGAUGGCCCUCAAGGAGGCCCACAAGAACGAUGGGAAAGAAGAGGACAGAAGAUUUGCGGCCUGGGAAAGACAUGUUUCCCAGCAACGAGCUCAGGUGGAAGCCGCAGAAAAACGCGCCAAGGCCGAGGUCCAACUCGAUCUGCGAGCGGCGAGAGACCGCCAAGUAGCGGACAGAAAACAGCGCGAAUGGGACGACGCCGUGUUGGACGCCGAGUGCAACGCGCUCGAGAUGGAACGCAUGCGCAACGAUCCGAUGCUCAACGAAGCGCGCGAGUACCUCGCGGACGGCCGCGUGCGGCCGGACCAUUAUAGAGGAUUGACGAAGGCCCAGGUCAUCGGCAUUUAUGGAGAGAACGAGGCCGUCGAGAAGUACAGAAAAGAAGUGAAUGAGUCGCAGUUCGACGAAGGGGCCCAGUUUAGAGCGGAGAGCGACCACGUCAACGUCUUGGUGGCUGCCGCCGAGUACCACGCCCAGAACGAGAAGUUGCGGGAGCGGUUGGACGUGCAGGAACACCUCCAGAAGAUGAUGAUCGAGGAGCGGGAGCGCAAGGCGGCGAUCGCCAAGGAUCGGUUCGGGGCCAUCGAAGAGGGCGGCGUGCUGUCGGGCUUCGGGAAAUCAUAUCGUUAGGGUCGCACCGCUCGUGCAGGACUCGGUACCGCACCGCAAUUUGCUGGACUCGGUACCGCACCGCUAUUGCAGGACUCGGCCCUUCCCUCCCUAAGGAAAAAACACAAUUAUUUAC